AUGGAGCCGGCUGGCCGCCCCGAGGACCUGUUCGAGCUGCUCGAGCAGCUUGGCAAGGGGAGCUACGGCGCCGUGUACAAGGCGCGGCAUCGACCCAGCGGCACGAUCGUCGCCGUCAAGGUCAUCCCGCUCUCCGGAGAGGACGAGGAGGGCCUGGAGGACAUCCGGCGUGAGAUCGCGGUGCUGCGGGAGUGCGUCCACCCGAACGUGGUGCGAUACUUCGGCAGCUUCACGGGCACCGAGUACCUCUGGAUCGUCAUGGAGCAUUGCGGCGGGGGGAGCGUCCGCGACAUCCUCAGCGCGUCCAACAGGCCCCUGCGCGAGGCUCAGAUCGCGUACCUCUGCGGCGAGACGCUCAAGGGACUCGUGUACCUCCACUCCAUCUUCAAGGUGCACAGGGACAUCAAGUGCAGCAACAUCUUACUCACCGAGAGCGGCGGCGUCAAGCUCGCCGACUUCGGCGUCGCCGCUCAGCUCACGCGGACGAUGAGCAAGCGCAACACCUUCAUCGGCACCCCACACUGGAUGGCGCCCGAGGUCAUCCAGGAAUCGAGGUACGACGGCAAGGUGGACGUGUGGGCGCUGGGCAUCUCCGCCAUCGAGAUGGCGGAGGUCCAACCCCCGCGGCACAACGUCCACCCCAUGCGCGUCAUCUUCAUGAUCACCAGGGAGCCGUCGCCGAGGCUCGACGAGUCACCGUUCGUGGAUAAAAGCGGAGAGAGAACCGAGUGGUCACCCGCGUUCCACGACUUUGUCGCGCAGUGCCUUCGCAAGGAGACCUCGCGGCGACCGACGGCGACGGAGCUGCUGCCGCACAGGUUCCUGCAGUCGUCCGCCGGCAGCGGCGCCGGGCUUGUGCCGAUGAUCGUCGCGGCGAAGCGGUGGAAGAGCAAGGAGGAGGAGGAUGGGGAGGGCGGCGGCGGCGGCGGCGGCGGCGAGGAGGCGCGGGAGGGGGAGGAGAAGAGGAGAGAGGAGGAGAAGAGGAGAGCCGCCGAGGCAGGCGCGUCCGGGGCGAAACCCGCGGCGUCGUCCUCGGCGCCGGUACGGAGCACGGAUUUGAGCUCGAGGACGGAUCAGGGGAGCACGAUGAGCACGGAUACCGGUUCCGUCAUCGUCAAGGACAUCGCCGCGUCGUCGGCGCCGGUGGGGGGAGAGACAAACGGACCCGCGACGACGAACGGACCCGCCGGGCCUCCCGGUCGCCCCGGACACGCGCGGAAGCACUCGAGCGCGACGAUCCGCUUCGAUCCGUCCAUGGCGGCGGCGGCGAUGGCCGCCGCCGAGGCUGCGCUGGACAGCAUGUCGCCGCCGCAGUCGCCGGCGGGAACGCAGACGAAGCAUCCGCCGCUACCCGCGCCGGAGGUGUUCGUCUCGCUGGAGGACGACGACGAGAAGAAGAAAAACGGGAAUCGAACCGACGACGACGGCGGCGACGGCGCGGUCGUCGGUUCGAUUCCCGGCGACGGCGACGACGACGGGGCGUGGGCAUCGCCCAGGGUUUCGGACGCCGGGACGGUCGUGAUCGCGCCGAGCCCGCGGGGGAGCGACGGGUCCGCGGCGGAUCGAACGUCUCAGUCGUCUGGAAAGAUCGAUGGAAACUUUCCGGACUUUCCGGACGAGUCGCACGAGCCGGCGUCGAGGAGGGACUCGGAGUACUUCGAGUCCGUGGAGUCGUUCGACGUCAACGCGACGAUGAUCGAGCGGGGCGACGACGGGGAAGACGAGCCGGCGACGGGGACGCGCGAACAGCCUCCUCCUUCUCCUCCUCCUCCUCCUCCUCCUGCUCGUCCCGCUCCCUCUUCCCCUCCUUCACAUCGUCCCGCUGGCCCGUCGCCGCGUUCGCCUCCCCCCGAGCCCGCGAGGGAGUCCACGACCGUCCUCCCCGGCGGCGCCGAGUCCGAGUCUGGACUGGACCCGACGCUUUUGAUGCGAAUGUUCGUGGGCCGCGAGCUCACCGCGGAGGAGGAGGCCGGCGCGAGGGACGGGGGCGGGAUACCGACGACCGCGUACGCGCCGCCGGCCCCGCCAGACGAACCCGAACCGUCGCGACGAUCGGAACCCGAACCGUCGCGACCGGCGCCGGAACCGCCGGAACCGCCGGAACCGCAGCCGGCGCCAGAGGAACGGCGCGGUUCGGAUCCGAUGGCGGGCCGGUCGUUCUUCGCGGAAAACCCGGACAUCCGGCGCCUCUUACCCGACGGCACGAUCGACGUCGCGGGGCUGCUGAAGGCGUACGCCGGGAUCGAGAUCGUGGAGCGUCGUCCAGAGGACGUGACGUACGACGAACGUUCGAGCCCGUGGCAUCCCGCCAACGCGAUGCGAUUCGCGUUGCAAAACUUUUUGGUGGACCACGAGACGGGUGAACCGCUGAACCCGAACGCGGACCACUCGCUGAGCCUCGACGGCUACCUGCGAUGCGCGCUGCGCGCCGACGAGCCCCCGUCGUUGCCGACGAGCGAGACGGAGCUGAGGGAGGAGUGCGAGGAGUACCACGCGUACCUGGACGAACUGGCGAACGAGGAAUCGAUGAAGAUCUUCAUGGACCCGACGCUCGAUUCGGAAUCCGAGGCGAACGAGUCGGACGACGACGAGUGGUCGGCACGGUACGAGGUUCGCGCCGUCCCGGGAGGGGGAUGGGCCACCGAGGAAGCCUUGGAGUGGCGCGCGAGAGACCUGGCGCGACGGCACAGGGAGUUGAUGAGGGACGGGGUGAUUGAACCGGAGUUGCGCGAGAGCGACUUGGACAUCCGCGGGUACGAGCCCACCAUCGCGCAGAUCUGCGCGGCGAACGCCAACGACGAGCCGCUCGUUUCACCGGAUAACAUCCCGCUGGACCACCUGAUGGAGGAGGAUCCGAUGGCGCUCGCGGUCGCCUACUGCGACGCCGCGCAUCUUCCUCGGGACGUCGCGCGAUCGAUGCUCGACGAUCGCUCGGGCGCGUGCGAGCGACUGGUUCGGUGUCUGGCGUGGAAGACGGGGCGGGGCGGCGGGGCGUCCGCGCUUCGGUUCGACAGGAGGGCGUGCCGGCGCUUGAGACGAGCGUUGGUGUGGUACCUCGGGACGCUCGAGGAGGAGGCCGAAGGCGGGGAGGGCGGGUGA